UUAUUUGAGACCAGUAGCUAUUCUUUAGUAGGCCUACUUAUGCGGCUGUUUUAAAUAACGGUGGCUAUAAUAUGAAUGCAUUCGGUCACUUGAACAGAGUGAGAGUAACCUGUAAGAGACUGGUGUCAGCGCUCUCCCCUCACCUUCCUCAGCCCCGUAGAGCCCACCCACCCGAGAAACACGACUCCAGACCCAGCGCUGGCUCAAACACACGCUCAGAGGGGCUCUUUGUCUCCAUUUCGAGGAGAUUUCUGGCGAAUUCAGCAUGGAGCGCCUGACACAUCCAACCAAACCCACAGCUCCGCACUAACCGGUGUGAACUCCUGAAAGACCGACUCGCUUCGAGGAAACUGGAUUCUAGCGUUUAUACAGCCUGCGAUUGCAGUAUUUGUACAUACAUGAACGUUUGAGCCUUUAAUUAAUACCCGUCGCCUUUAUCGACCUAAACCAUGGGUUUCUGGACGAGAAGACGCGAGCGCAAAGUUCCGAGCGCCGCGCGUGUUUUCCUGGCGUUCACACUGAUCGCUGAAGUGAUCCUGGUGCAAGCCGCCUCUUUCUCUUUCACCAAGGAGCCAAAAUCCCAGGAUGCCUUGCAUGGGCGCAGUGCCAUGCUGCGGUGUGAAGUAAACGACCCUCAAGGUGUCAUCUAUUCCUGGAAACACAACGGAGAGAAGGUCACCGAUUCGGAGAGACGAUUCCUGGAAGGAGGCAACCUAAAAUUCACUGCCAUUGACCGAACACUUGACUCAGGAAACUUCCAGUGCUUUGCCUCAAAGAACAGCACUGGUGAAGAAUACCACACCGGCGAGACCUCAUUCAACAUCAAAUGGUUGGAAAGCGGCAUGGUGAGUCUGAAGAGUCCAGAAUCAGAGGCAGAGAUUCAGAGCUCCUCUCAAGUGGUACUACAGUGCAACAUAGACGGACACCCACGGCCAACCAAUCGCUGGCACAAAGAUGGAGCACUACUAUCAGAGAAGAGCUACAAAAUCAACAACAAAGACAGAACGCUUACACUGCCGAACGCCAGUCCUGACGACAACGGGGUCUACUACUGCUGUGUGAAAAAUGCAGCAGGCCAUGCGUGCAGCAAUGACAACUUCACCCUCAACAUCAUAGAUAAGAGUUUCCCUCAACCGGUGGUGAAGCCAGACGAUUUGGUAGUCAUGAGGAACGAGGAAGCACUUUUCCACUGUCAGUUCACAGCCGAACCGCUGCCUACCGUAGAGUGGUACCAUGAGAACGAGCCGGUGGCCAACAAGAGCCGCAUCUUCAUCCUGAGCAAUGGAUCCCUCUUAAUCACUCAGGUGAAGCAGCGAAACACAGGCCUGUAUAAAUGUGUGGCUCAAGGGCCCUGUGGCCCCCCUGUGUCUCUCGAGGCCUCGCUGCGAAUUGCAGAAAUCGAGGAAAUGAUGCCUAAACAGUCCCGAGUGUUCACCGCAGACUCUCUGGAGCGGGUGACGUGUCGAGCGCCCCACGGACACCCCGAGCCAGAGGUUUGGUGGGAAUACGCGGGACAGCGAGUUCCAGCCGAGGGACGAGUGCGCCAGGACGGACUAGACCUGAUUUUCUGGCCCACUCGUGGCGAAGACUCAGGAACCUACACCUGUUUUGCACAAAACAAGGCUGGACAGAGGAAACAAGAGUUGACUGUCACUGUCGCAACCAAACCGGAGUGGAUCCAGAAACCCGCGGACAGUCAGCUGGAGGAGGGGCGCGCUGGAUACCUGCACUGCCACACACGCGCCACACCUGAACCCGAGGUCACAUGGUACCGCAACAUGCAGCCAAUCAGCGCAGAGGACGUUCGCUUCAAGCUCUUCUCGAAUGGCACGCUGUGUAUAAAUAACGUGGAGGUGUACGAUGGCCACCUGUACAGCUGUGAGAGCAAAACGGAGGCGGGAAAACUGAACGCCCAGGCGCGGGUAUAUGUGCUUGAGCGUCUGAAGUUCACGCCGACGCCGCAGGCCUACCAGUGCCUGGAGCUCAAUAAGGAAGGACACCUGCAGUGUUCAGCCAAGGGCCGACAGACCCCGACCAUCCGCUGGCUCAGGACAGACGGCAGUGAUAUCCCUGCGUGGGUGGAGCAGAAGGGCGGCACGCUGCACUUCAGCACCGUGACGUGGGCGGACGCCGGGAACUACACCUGCCUCGCCUCCAACAGCCAGCAGGGAGAGAUCAGAGCCGUCGUCCAGCUCACCGUCGCAGUUUAUGUGGCGUUUAAGCUCAAGCCGGAGAAUAUGACAGUAUAUCAGGGACACACCACAGUGCUUCACUGUCAGGCCACUGGAGACCCUCUUCCCUUUAUCCAGUGGAAGAAAAAAGACAAAUUUCUGGAGGCAGACAAGAGCAGAUUCCAGAAGAUGCCCAACGGCUCUCUGGUGGUUCAUGACGUCAGCACGGAGGACACAGGAAGCUACACCUGCAUCGCAGGAAACAGCUGUAACAUUGCACACACUUCAACAGAGCUUUACGUUGUUGAAAAACCAGUUCAGCACUCAUUAGCAGAUGAUGAAAAGACCCCUUACAAAAUGAUCCAGACUAUCGGUCUGUCGGUGGGGGCGGCUGUGGCCUACAUCAUCAUCGUGCUGGGCCUCAUGUUUUACUGCAAGCAGAGGCGCAAUGCCAAGAGAGUCCAUAAGGGGCAGGAUGGAGACGAGCAAGAGCUGGAAUGUCUCAACGGAGACGUCCAACAGAACGGCCACACCACAGCAGAGAUCCAGGAGGAGGUGGCGCUCACCAACAUGGCAGCCAGCGGGAUCAACAAACGCCACAGCAGUCACGACAAGCUCCACUUCCCCCGAAACAACCUGCACACCAUCACCACCCUGGGUAAAGGAGAGUUUGGUGAAGUGCUGCUGGCUAAAGCGAAGGCCACUGAGGAUGAGGAGGAGACGGUAGUGCUGGUGAAGAGUCUGCAGGCACGCGACGAGCAGAUGCAGUUGGAUUUCCGUCGUGAGUGUGACAUGUUUGCUAAGCUCAGCCAUGCUAAUCUCGCUCGUCUGAUGGGCAUCUGUCGAGAAGUGGAGCCGCACUACAUGAUAAUGGAGUACACUGAUAUGAUCCAGGAGGAGGUGGCGCUCACCAACAUGGCAGCCAGCGGGAUCAACAAACGCCACAGCAGUCACGACAAGCUCCACUUCCCCCGAAACAACCUGCACACCAUCACCACCCUGGGUAAAGGAGAGUUUGGUGAAGUGCUGCUGGCUAAAGCGAAGGCCACUGAGGAUGAGGAGGAGACGGUAGUGCUGGUGAAGAGUCUGCAGGCACGCGACGAGCAGAUGCAGUUGGAUUUCCGUCGCGAGUGUGACAUGUUUGCUAAGCUCAGCCAUGCUAAUCUCGCUCGUCUGAUGGGCAUCUGUCGAGAAGUGGAGCCGCACUACAUGAUAAUGGAGUACACUGACAUG